AUGGACAUUCUUAAUAACGAACCUACUGGGCGGCCUUCCACACCAGAUCCCCAAUGUUCAAUUUGUUUGAAUGACUUAACCAAUAAAUGUUACUCCAAUGCAUGUGUACAUUUAUUUUGUUUUGAUUGCUUACAAUUGUGGUCAAAUAUGUGCUUACAACGAUGUCCAAUAUCAGAACCAACUUGUCCAUUAUGUAAGCAAACUUUCAAAUACAUUUUUCAUUCAUUUGAUAAUCUAGGCGUCUUUGAAACAUAUACUGUUCCUAUAAUGCCGAGUUUUGCUACCUCAAGCCCAGUAAAUGAACCGGAAUUUAAUGGAAUGACACAUAUUAACAGUAUGAUCGUGCAAAGUCUUUUAAGUAUGACUCCUGAAGCUGACACAAGAUUGAGAACCUUAUUUAGGAACAGAGGCUUGGGUGAAUUGGGCGACCAUCGUUUUCAAAUAAAUCAUAACACCCCUCAGAACAAUGGACCUGUUUUUGCACUCAAUGAACCUACGUGUACUACCGCCUUUCCAUAUAGUUGGAGAAACGGACAAUCGUCAGAGCAUCAAAUAUCAAGAGACUCCAGAGCAUCUUAG